AUGUCCAGCAACAACGAUCUAGCCUCCCAGCACCCCGCUGCUGCAAUUGAGGCUGCCGAUGGCCCAGCUGACGAGAGUGAAUUUGAGCCUGUCAACUGGGAUGCGUCCUCGGUCGACUCUGCGUCGCUCAGCUCCAGUGUUUAUGCGCAUGAGUACGACAAUGGUCGUCGCUAUCACAGCUAUCGCCAUGGGCGCUAUCCGAUGCCCAACGACGAGACAGAGCAAAGUCGAGAGGAUAUGAAGCAUACCAUGUUGCUCGAGCUGACCGAUGGAAAGUUAAUUUACGCACCCAUUGGCGAGACCCCCCAAAAGAUCAUUGAUAUUGGAACCGGCACUGGAACUUGGGCAAUUCAAGUCGCCGACCAAUUCCCUGCCGCUGACGUCCUUGGCAUCGAUCUGUCUCCUAUUCAGCCCACGUGGAUUCCCCCAAAUGUCAAAUUCCUUGUGGACGAUGCAGAGGACACAUGGCUCAAUGGAGACAACUUUGAUUACGUCCACUUGCGUUCUGUGGCCCCUGCGCUGAGAAAGCUUGACCGUGUCUUGACACAAGCAUAUCAACAUAUGAAGCCUGGUGCUUGGAUCGAGUUCCAAGAGCUCCACGGCCAAGUCAACUGCGACGACGGCACCAUGCCUGAAGAUGACAAACUCAAGGAAUUCUAUGAACUUACCGUAGAAGCCUUUGCUGGUCUCGGUAUUAUGUUUCACAUUGCGCGAGACCUGCGGCCCCAUCUGGAGGCUGCAGGCUUCAAGGAUAUCCACUGUGACGUAAAGAAGAUCCCAGUCGGCACCUGGCCCAAAGACAAGACCAUGCGGCUCAUCGGUCAGUACAUGAAGGGGGUCGUUGCCGAUGCUAUCCCAGCUUUCGCCGGGAAACCCUUUGAGGCCCAUGGCAUCUCAAAGGUUGAGAGCCAGGUAUGGCAGGCAACGGCUAAGAAGGAGCUCGAUGAUAGGAGUAAGCACCGCUACCUCAACUUUUACUUCUGGUACGCGCAAAAGCCUCAAGACGCUCCCGAACAGGAUGUUGGUGCAGGCUCCUCGGGUGAAGAAGACGCUUGA